GUUGGGGCCCACAUGACAACAUUACAUAAAGUUUUCGCGGGAGUUAUCUUCAGGGGAUAUAGUCACAUCGUCCGAGUUAUUUACAUGUUAGCAAAAUGCCAAUCUCAACCAGAAGACGCUCAACUCGCACAAAAGUAGAUACAAAGGAGAAUGUGGAUGUGCUGAAAAUGAAACCCCCAGUAGCACGCGGAUCAAGAUCCAACAAGCUGCUCAAAGAGCUGGAGCCUGACUUGAGGAAAGAUGAAGUCGAUCAGAAGACGACAUCCGUCCGUGGAAGGAAGCGAAGUGUGACUACCGACAUGUCACCUUCCAGGCAGCCGUCACCUCAGAAGAUGCCGUCACCUUUGAAAACAAUCAAACAGAUGCCAGUCAAGCCUGAAUCUACAGAGUCCGACUCGGAUACUGAAGUUGAUGAUGCUGAAGCGUAUGAGAAGAUGCGCCAGGAAAACAUCAGAGCCAAUGCAGCGUUCUUAACACAGCUUGGAAUACAGGAGGCCAAACACCAGUUGCAUGAACUGGUCGUGAAACCAAAGAAAGGAUUAGCAGUGAAAAGGGUGCCCAAACCACGUGAAGUUCUACCUCGGAGACGGAGUUUACGUAUACAGAAUGUGGCCCCGCCAAAACCCAUCUAUGUGCCGGAGGAACUCACAGUUCAAGUUGAUGAACACCCCCGCCCGCCUCCUGGCCCGCUGGCGAUGGUGGAGAGUCUGUUUGAACACCUGGAGGAAGAUGCUCACAAGGACUUCUCAGCAUCUGUGCUGACAUCUUGCAGCAAGUCCACGGCCUUUAAACCCAUCUCUAGAGACCUAGAAGGGUUCCUUAAAGAUUUCUCCAAGAUUCAUCUGACUGAGGACCGAGUUGCGAAGGUUGUGAAGGACCGAAUCUUCUCUAUUAAGAUCCACCCUACCAAGGAUAAGGUGCUGGUUGCCGCGGGCGACAAGUGGGGGAGGGUUGGAUUCUGGGAUGUGAUGAGUUCCGAUAAGCAUGAUGGUGUAGUAGCAUACUGCCCCCACUCCCGCCCCGUCAACUGUCUCCACCUCCCUCCUUGGGCACCCCUCAAGACCUUCUCCUGCAGCUACGAUGGCAGCCUUAGGUGUGGGGACUUUGAGAAGGGAGUCUUUGAUGAGGUGUACUCUCGUCCAGAUGAUGAAGACACACUUCUCCGCAACUUUGACUUCACCUCAGAGCAUGUGAUGUUGGUGUCCCAGACUGACGGCUGCGUGGCCGUAGUGGAUGUACGGACACCCCAGACGAGGGAGGAGCACCUGUACCCAUGUCAUCAGAAGUACCUGCGGACUGUGAGCAUUCAUCCAGUCCAGAAGCACUACUUUGUCACUGCAUCGGUCGACACGACAGUACGUCUGUGGGACUUGCGGAAGAUGUCGAAGAAAAGCAACUCUGCUAUCAGUGAGAGAAGACACGGGAAGUCUGUCGACAGUGCCUACUUCUCCCCUAUCACUGGGAAGUACAUUCUGUCAGCAUCUGCAGAUAACACUCUCAACAUAUUUGACAGCUCUGAGAUGAAAAGUGAUCUGCCAUUGAAGAAAUGUAUUAGACAUGACAACCACGUGGGACGAUGGCUGACCAAGUUCCGCGCCACCUGGCACCCCGCAAGGGAAGAUCUGUUUGUUGUUGGCAGCAUGGCGAGACCCAGACAGAUUGAGCUGUACAACGAUGAUGGUGUAGUGGUGCAGGUUCUCACCAACCCUGACUGUCUGGGUUCUGUGUGUUCCCUUAACGACAUCCACCCCUCCAGGAACAUUGUUGCCGGUGGCAACUCAAGCGGACGUGUACAUGUCUUUAUGUGAUGGCACCGAUGGUCGAAAGUUCCCUGUGCUGUAGCCCUCCAUGGUGCUGUCAGGAUGAGGAUUUGGGGCCCAGGAUGUUCACCCAGAGUGUGGAUAAUCAGUAAGACCUGCUUGUGAAUAAAACAUAAAAUAAUCAAAAAUAACAAUGAAAUAACUGCUUGUUUUCUGCAAGAAUCCAGUUUUGCAAGUCUUGAGUUGGCCAAAGAAAUAUUUGGGGUCUUAGUCUAUUGCUGUGUUUGAUAUGUGUAAAUGUAUCAUCCAUAUUGAGGAAUCGGAGCCAUUACCAGCUGGAGUCCCAACUGAAAUCUGUUGAAGGGAUUGAAUGAAUACUGUUUUACGCCUCAUCAGCAACUUUGCAGCUAUUCCAGCGAUACUAAUGAUAGUAUGAGCCAUCCAAUGUUUUCAGGAAAUAGCUUUGCAUUUACAUAUAACUUCUUUGAGUGGCAUGUUUAGA